UUCUUCUGGCAUCGAGAUUCCAAGAAAAGUGCUUCCAACAAACAAACGAAUCCCAAGACUCUGGCUCAUUGUGACAGCGUGGGAACGUCGUCGACUCAAUCCUCACCGACACCGACGGAAAGAAUUCCCCUGUGGUCUCGGCUUUCCUCGUCGCAUCACAAGAAAAAACCGGACAGUCUCGCCGGAAAAUUCUCUACGUUACCGCAUACCAAGUCAAACGGCGUCAAUCACAUCAUCAAAACGCCCAGCAAAGACGACGAUAAGCAAAGAAAGGACGGUGAUGUGAAAAAGGAUUCCCCGCCUCCUUACGCGGAAUCCGAUACGAAAAGCAAUGACACCUCGAAACCCUGUUCCCCGGUCGCUCGGCCACAGGUGCAAACCCCAACCAAGCAACAAGAACCCGCAAAAAAGGCGUCCAAGUCCCGCAAGUUUCUCAUUUUCUCCAAGUCCAACAAAAGCUCCGUCAGUAAAGACCCCGUCGUGGUGGUGGGUAGCACUCCGACCCCAGAACCCAGCAAGGAAGUCAGUGUGACUUCGCCGAAAACAUCCCUGGAUUCCGACAAGCCGGAAGAAGUGACGGAGGUGAAACCGGAAGAGACGAGUGUUGAACCACAUUCCCCUGAUGAUAAUACUGAAGAAGCAAAAAUGGAGGAUUUGCCGGAAAAGCCUUCGAAUGUCGCCGAAAUUGCAGUGACCUAAACAGAAAUACGAAAUGCGUGUUUGUGAAGUGUUUGUUCAGAAAGCAAGAUGAGAAACUUGAAAAGCAAGUUGAUCCGAAGCCAAAAAAGCUUUGGUGAGUUCUAAGAGCUCAGCAUGUCCUCAAAUGAGUGAGUUCUUAAAAAAAUGUAGGGCAGAUAUAAAGUUAAAUUGCAAUACUAGAGAAUGUUUUUCUUGUUUUUCUGUUUUUUUUCUUGAAUCUCAGAGAUGGACAGAACGAAGAACUUUUCGAGUUAUAGUUCCUAUAGAGGAAAGUCGAAGCAAAAAAAAAACUCUUCGAGUGAUUUUUUGAACGUCGUCUCAAAAGAGGUUCCGCAAUUGCCUUUUUUUCCUUGAGUUUUGUGUAGGAAAAUGAAAGCAAAGAAAUUAUAGCUCAUGGAAAGAGGUGUCAGUGGAUUGAUUGUUUAUGAAAAGACCCAGACGGCAUGAGAUCGUAUUUUUAGACAUUACUCUUUCACGACGGUUUUCUUGAUCGAUCAAUCGAAUUAUUUGUUUCCAUUCGUAUCUUACUUUGUGCUCAUUUCCCGGCGUGUUUCCAUUUUAUUUGAUACGUUUUGUUUCAACGUUCUUACUUUGCAAUUGACAUGCAGUGAGGGGUAAUUUUUCCAGUUUUUUGGCAGGAAAAAUCAAAUUUUUGUGUGUGGUUUCUUUGUUUUGGGUGUGCACUGGAAAGAAAGCCUGGGGAAUGGAAUGUUGGUCGUUGGGAGCCGAGUUUAGUAAAUAACGCUCAUAUUGAAAAAUG